AGACAUGUUGAUACCUGCGUGUAAAACGUCUUCUUCCCAAAGUUUCUUGGAUUCUAUGUAUAUAGCUAGGAUCCGCAACAGAAAAGUAAAACGAGAUGAAUGCAAGGAGGAAAGAUCGACAGAGAUCGACUUGUGAGAGACGCCGGCCACUUGUAUGCCUUCGUAGUAAGUAGAGACUUCGACUCGCUACUCACUUUGACGAUCAUCCAGGCUGUACUCAUCUCUCCCUCAUAGUUCUGGUAGACCGUACUGCCAUAAUACGCCUCGACUUUAACACUUGACCAAAGGAUACGGAUGCCCAUGCAAUAGGUGGCAGUAGUCUUCAAGAUGUCGCAGCCGGUAACCACCUCUGAUCAGACUACUGCUGAAUGCAUGAUACCUGUAAACGUCGAAUCCGUCAUAUAACAUCCGUCCAAAUCCGCAACCUCACUCCCUUCCCAGUUCGCGACACUAUCGCUUCCGCACUUGCCCAGCCUUCAGAACAACCUCAGUUCAGCUCACAUGGACGACUCUCUGAUGACCUAGAUGUGACAGUUGGUCGGAAACGUGGCCGACGAAUAUCCUCUACCUCUACCUCCUCUCUACGUAAUGCUAAUUCGGACAAUGAAGGAACACCGAGUGAACCAAGGCGGAGACUUGGGUCUAUUGGCGGGAAGGCCGUGUCUCCGAGAGCACAAUCUUAUAUCUCCACGUCUGUAUCAAUUACAGCCACUAGUUCUGGAAGGAGGAAGAGUGUGUCUAUUGCACCGCCUGUCACCCGACCUCCUCUUCGCCAGCGAACAUCAUCAAGCGCGUCCACCAUUGCUGGCCCAUCUCAGCCUUACUCAGAUACCUCUGAGCCUGUCGCUCCUAUCAUCCUUCCAAGUCUCCUACGGGAUGCUUCUCAACGCGGUCUCGAAGACGUCUUGAAGUCACGAUUGGUUGAGACUUAUAUUACCGUCACUAUUCCUCGUUCACAACCUUCGGACCUUUCAGAUGCGAGUCCGUCGUCAGGCUCUGCCACUUCUUCACGGGCAAGGACUGCCAAUGGUCUUUCAAAAGGACACACACAGACGGCUUCCAUGUCGUCCCCAAGGACGCGCUCCGCCACAAUCGCUCAUGUCAAAUCGACCGUGCACUCCAAGUCGAUGUCAGUUUCGGCAGUACCACCUGGAUCAGACGCGAGACGACUGUCUACUUCUCGGAUGCAGGAGUUGCAUCCCUCAGUUUCGAAACGGACGAUAACUUAUUCCGACACUUGCGGUCCUGACUAUUGUUCCCCUAUCCACAGACCUUCCACGAAUCCGUCAUUUAGCAUUGAUGUACGGAAUGAGUUGGCUAGUUCUGAUGCCGACCUCAGUGGUGGAAGAUUACGAGUGGAAGUGUGGGGUAAACUCCCUAAAGCAUAUCAGGGUGCAGGGAGGAAUAACGGCAAGGGAAAGGCUGUUGACUACCCUGAUGGAGAAUAUGUUAAGGAGUGGAAAGUUUUAGACUCUUGGGCAUUCGACCUGGAUGAACUGACCCCGUUGCCUAUGGACUAUACAUCACAUACAAGUCACCUCCCUGCGAAUACCCUACUUAUGACACUAUCACCUCCGGAUAGAACGUUCUACCUGCCCCGUUCUCGCCUUUCACGAACUCCUUCUCCUUCUAUUGGAUACACUUCGGACCCGGAGGUCGACAUACGGAAGGUCAAAGACAAUGUAGAUGAUUCUCCUGUUGGCCUUGGUAUCACUUUUCCUAAUGAACACCGUGAGGAUGAGACGGACGACACGUUGCCCUCACCAAAUGGGUGGUCGACUACUAGGAAGGCUCGGCGGAGAACAGCGGGAUGGCAAGACCUACUGAAGCUAGUCACUGUUCAGAGUGCAAUUCAGGAUACGAAGGCGUCACUGGAGGCCGUUGUGUGUGAAAUUGACCAACUCGUAACACAUGAUGCCGUCGGAAUUCUCACUCGCGAAGUAUCUCAACGUCGGACCUAUGUAAGAGAGCUCGAGUCCGAGAAAGCUUCUGUUCAGGACGAGUCUCAGAAUCUGAGAAACAAAAUUGACCUCAGACGAGAAGAGCUACGAAUACGAAGGCAGACACUUCUGGAAGCCCAUGCUGCCCUCGCCGAGGCUGUGGACGAGGAACAGGAUAGGGAGUCGGAGAUAUUCGAAGAGAGAGCACAACUUUCUUCCCUGCGCUCCGAGUUACCGCCCCAUCGCAGUUCCUUGAUUUCCACCUUGUCCUUCAUAUACCCCAUUGAACUCAUCUCGCCUCCCGAUCUGCUCUUCGCGAUCCUAGAUACCCCCCUCCCAAUCCCAAUCGCGCCCACCGACCCAGCGCCACCGUUAUCUCUGCCUAAUCAUAAGGAUAUAACCGAGGAUGUCAUUGCUACGGCUUUAGGUUAUGCGGCACAGGCCCUGCAAUUGUUGGCGGCGUAUAUGAAUGUAGGGUUGACAUAUCCCGUUACUUGUAUUGGAAGUAGGAGUUUGAUUCGGGAUGGGAUUUCGGCCAUGGUUGGUCCUCGAAUGUUCCCCCUCUUCUCGAAGGGCGUUGACACAUAUCGGUUUGAGUAUGGUGUAUUCUUGCUGAACAAAGACAUCGAACUGCUGAUGGCGGCAAGAGACCUUCGAGCUCUUGACAUGCGGCACACCUUGCCUAACCUCAAGAACCUUUUGUUGACAAUGAGCGAUGGUGUUCCUCCUCUCAGGCGCACACCUCUGGUAACGACCGACACUGAAAGCAUUCUCCGAUCACCUACGCUAACCGCCACCUCACUCUCAUCGGCCCCGACGAUUGUGGAGACAUCGCCGACGCCACCUACAGAUCAGUCUCAGAAUGACACGGUGGUAACUCCGAAGAUGACCUCAGAAACUUGUACACCAACUACGUCCGCUCCAAGCACUUUGUCGCGGAAAUCCCGAACGUUCCUCGAUCUCGCCCCACUGGCUGGUCUGCUAAGAGGUCGACAUCCAUCGAGCUCAAGAACUCCGUCAUCAAGCGAGCAAGCGCAAUCAUCGGGCAAUGACACUGACAUUGAUGCGGGCUCCAGUCAAAUGCCGGAUAGUCAAAACUCUAAUGGUACGAUCAUCACAAGAACGCAAGACGAUGAGGAUGAUCGAAGGACCAUUCGCGGAGGCGGUGUUGAAGCGAAUGCUAACACGAUGGAGGGCAAAGAAAUUGAAUCCACUUCGAAUCACUCAAAUGGUUCCGCCACCUCUGCCUUGGCGAACGCAGCUGCGGAGAAGGUUGCUUCAGAACAAGUGCAGCCUGUCUUAUCACAGUCGAGUGUCGGCUAAUCCCUCGUCCGAAUAUUAGUCGAAGACCACGAGCGGUUGGUUGUGUCGGUUUGGCCGCCCUCACGAUUACACAGUGGUACCUUCGUAGACAAUACAUACAUCCGCCAAGUUCCAAGGAGUCCCAAACACUUUGCUCAGUGUUGUGGGUCGGAAUAUACUUCCGCAAAGGUACCGAAAAGAUAUACCCUGCGUCGAUAUGACGACGAAUAGUGUUCGAUGCGUUUCACGUCUGGAGAAGGGGGAACAGAAGGUUCGAUGGAAAAACGGUGACCGCCAAAAUGUAGGCCGAGAAGCGAUUACAUAUGUUCGAUUUUGUCGGUUCGUGUGAGGGACAGCAGAUCCUUGCGAAGCCGAGCCUGUCGUUCAUGAUGAGAAGCCUGCGCGGAUGCCGCCGACGUCUUUAUGCGCACGAAGUUGAGAAAAUUGCUCGGCUGGUUUCGCGGGUCCAGAUUGCGUAGACCUCGUUCAGGGCAUAAAGCAAGUUCUGAAGAUGGUUUGGCUUAUGCCGGCAAUAAUAUGCCAACACAAUCCGAGCGCAGAGGCCGCCGUAACCUUCUGAUAAGCAUUGGGGUAGAAGCGAACUUUUAGGUUUUUUUUUAAUUUUAAACCUGCUGUCCAAGCUAGAAAUGUGUGCAAUAGCACUGCUCGCCAACUGUGACGAGAAGGAUGAGCACUUAUGAGCCUGGAAACUCGCAACAAAGCGGCAGCGGUCCG